AGUUUCCAACGAUCGUUGAUUUGUAGUUUUAUAUCUCUCUCUCUUUUUUUUUUCAAUCAAAAGUAUUUUAAGCGCUCUGCGGAUGGACAUACAAUUGUGUAAUUUAGUUCGGGCUGCGGAUGAAUAUAUUUUGAUUUGUGUCAACAUUGAUAACGUUUUCGUAUACCACCUAGAAACAGUUUCAAGAGCACAAAUGAUCUAGAUGUCAACAUUUCAUUGUGACCUCUCACCUUAUGACCUGAUACACUUGGGAUACACACAAACCUCUAGCACUGACGUCACUGCACAAGUUGCCUUUUGACCUGCCCAUAUUCCCUGACCAAUGGAAUAUUUCUUCGACCGAUCUGGUCAUCAGAAGCGUCACUACGCCAUGUAACCCCCCUACUAAGGGAGAUUACCGACACUUACACUUCCGGACAAAAAGGAUCCUGGGAUUAACUUCUCAAGAAUCUAUCCAGCUGUGUGCGUGUGUUUUUUUUUUCCUUCUUUGUGACGACCUGGUUCAAAGGCCGUUGCUGUGGAGGGGAGACAAUUGUAUGUUGUGGGUCAGUCCAGCAGCUUACAUCAGCUGAGACACACUAUGAGGAAUUUUAAUUACUUCCCUUUGCCCCCGUCAUUAGGACCACCGAUUGGUCCAAGGAAAGAUCCUCCCGGCAACCAGCAACAACAGGGUCCAUACUGGAACAAUACAGGAAACACAGACAAGAUGGACAAGUAUGAGAAAAUAAACAAAAUUGGAGAAGGAUCCUAUGGUGUAGUUUUCAAAUGUCGCAACAGAGAGACCUCGCAGUUAGUUGCUAUAAAAAAAUUUGUGGAAUCAGAGGAGGACCCUUUAAUUAAGAAAAUUGCAAUGAGGGAGAUAAGGAUGUUAAAGCAACUUAAACACCCCAACUUAGUCAACCUGAUAGAAGUUUUCCGACGCAGGAAAAGACUUCAUUUGGUUUUUGAAUACGUUGACCACACAGUUCUAAAUGAACUUGAUAGACAUCCAAAAGGAGUGCCAGAGAAAUUGGUUCAGAGAAUUAUUUACCAGACGUUAUUAGCAGUCAACUUUUGUCACCAGCACAAUACCAUACACAGAGAUGUCAAACCAGAGAAUAUAUUAAUCAACAGACAAGGUCAAGUGAAAUUAUGUGACUUUGGCUUUGCAAGAGUUCUCACUGGCCCUGGAGGAGAAUACACAGACUACGUGGCCACAAGAUGGUACAGAGCUCCCGAACUCUUGGUGGGGGACACACAGUAUGGGCCACCAGUGGAUGUCUGGGCCAUAGGUUGUGUCUUUGCAGAACUCCUCACUGGCCAGGCCAUUUGGCCAGGACGAUCAGAUGUCGACCAACUCUACCUCAUUCGUAAAACUCUAGGUGACCUUAUCCCAAGACAUCUAGAAAUUUUCUCAAACAAUGCUUUCUUCAAGGGCAUGAGUAUUCCCGAGCCAGAAAGACUCGAACCAUUAGAAGAGCGAUAUCCCAUGAUGAGUCCCUCAGCGAUGAAUUUUUUGCAGUCCUGUGUGCAAAUGGAUCCAGAAGAAAGAGGAACAUGCGCUCAGCUUUUACAGCACCCGUACAUGGAUGCAAACAGAGAAUCAGGGAUAGAGUUUUCUAAAGCCAAACCUGAAAUUAGAAAAAAUCAGAACAAGUCAAGGGCGAGCAAUUAUCCUCCUCCUUUCCAGCCCUUCCCCCAGCUCCAGCCUGCCAACAGUCCAGUCCCUCCUUACAGACCCCCAUUACCACUGAGAACCAAGCCACCACAGAGGUUUGACCAUCUCCCCAAUAUCUGACUUUUCGGCCAAGGGGUUCAGCGUUAUGAUGGCAAUUAAACAAGAAAACGUCUGUCUUGAUUUAAUUCCAACUCAUAAUUGUCAAACUAUUACCUAGCCGAACCCUGGAGGCCAAUUUUCAUUCAUUACAUUCAUGUAUGUAAAGCUCACUAACGGUCAUUUCACUGCAAGCUUUGACUAAACAUUUUUACCUCAGGCACUUUGGACAUUUUCAAAUAAAAUUUUCCUUCUUCUAAGUUAAAUAUUAAUACUAAUAGUACUAGCUACCUUUACUUUCACUUUGAAUGUUUAUUUAAAACAAAAUAUGUUCACUUACCAGAUUUUAAAUACAUCUAAAAGUAAAGACAAAUAGUUGAAAAUGUCCAGAUAUAGCUCUAAGUGUCUGUGGCUUUUCACACAAAUGUCCAGAUUUGGUUUUAGGUGUCAGCAGCUUUUAUUGCCAUUUUAUUUUUCUAUUAUUAUUAUUUAUUUAUUUUUAGGUUUACAACUUUAGCUUGUGUGUAUGUGAGUGUGUGUAUUCAUGUUUAUGUAAAGGUUGACUUUAUAUCAACCACAAAUUUUUAUGUACUGCAUUUUAUAAUACAAAACAAAACAAAAAAAUCUGUCUCAUAUCUGCUCGGAUCUCAGUGGAACUCUUUGGGUAAAUGUUGAAAAAUCUCAAAUUCAUGAUAAAUGAAAGUCAUUUGAAUGAUAUUCACUGUAAGUGAUAUUUGAUUUCAGAGUAUCUUUUGGUGAACCUGUCGGUAAAAAGUAAAUCAGCUAGUCAACUAAUUUGAUUAACUUAUAAAUGGGAUGGAAUUAGCAUCAAAUUUGACAUGUUCAAGCUUUAAAUGUAACAAAUGAAACAAAUUACUUAUGAACAAAAAUUUUUUGGUGAUAAAUAAUCAUUGAUUUUACAUUGAAAAUUAUAAUCAUAGUCCUAAUGGUUUAUACUAAGAUUAUUUGGAAGAAAAAAAGUCAUUUAGCAGAUUCAAUCAUGUUUACUCAGGGAAUUCAGUAGAUAAUUAAAAUAUUUAGUUUACUAAUUAGCUAAUAAACAGGCAGGCUGGUCAGCUAUUUUGCCAAAAGUCUAUUUCCUGUUUAGAUAAAACUAAUUUAUCAAAGCAAAGGGUCAUGGUUAAAGUAAAACUAGAUUGUUAUGUAUUUUUGUGGUUUUCUAUGUUAUUUUUUCAUUUAAAGAAAAUUUUCACAAGGCAUUGUUAGUGUGUACCAAUGACAACAUUCAUAAAGAUAGUUGUUUUUUUUUUUAGCAUGGCAAAAAAAAAAUGUUUUUUAAUGUAAAAAAAAAGUCAGUUUUAUUAACUUUUAACAAAUGGAAACUACAUAAAAUGAUUUGAAGGCUUUCCUUACUAAACAUUGUCUGUUUGAAGGAUUUCCAUACUAAACAUUGUCUGUGCUUUUCCCUCCUGUGCAUUGAAGUUAGUCAAUAAUUAAUUAUAUUCCAACUACCUCAUGGUAUUUAUCUGUGCCCUCAUAUAUAAACACACACACAUCAAACAAAGACAUUAAAACACAUGCAUAUUGAUAACACAUCUCUUAUAGAAAAGCUUUGACAAAACGUAUUUAUAUAAAGGAGUUACUAAAACAGAACAGCAACAAGCAAACACAACCAAAGGCUUCAUGAUAUAAUUCAUAAUAAUAGUCAUAAUAAACAAAAAGAAAUAAAUUUUUUUACUGCUAUGUCUCAUUACUAUUAUGAAAGACGUCUCAAGUGACAGUAUUUUGUUCAUGUGUAGGGUAGGGUUUUUGGUUUUUUUUUGGGUUCUUUUGUGCAUUGUGUUUUAAGGUAAAUUUAAAAACUAGAAGCAUUUAUUUUAUUUGUUUUCCUGUUUUAUAAAAUCCUAUUCCCUAAAUAUUGUAUCAUUAUCUAUUCAUUUUUAUUUGCAUGAUCAUUUAGCUAAUGACAAAUCAAUUUGUAUAUUAAUCAUGGAAAUGGUCAGAUUGCUUUUUCUUUCAGAAAGAUGAAACUUUUGAAGCUAUAUAGGAAUAAUAGUUGGUAAAUUUCCUGAUAAAAUAAAUUGUUGAUAGAAUGAACAUCAGCUAAAAUAAAUAUAUCUCAAUAUUAAAUUUUUUUAUUUUUUUUUUAAAUUAAGACAGUAAUUAUUAACAAUGAUCAGUUUUCAAUUUUUAUACCUUAGCAGACAUAUGAACACAAUACUUAGCAAUACUUAGCAAUAAAAGCUUGAUACUUCAUCGCCCUAGUGCCUGGCCACCAUAAAAAUAAAAGAAGCACACAGAAAUAACCCAAUAUACUGCCAACAUUGACAUUUUGGUGCUAGAUUUGGGCCACUAGAGUGUGUUGCUGAGGAUCUUGUUUUGGUGUGUGUUGAUUUGCACUAACAGCUUUGACAAAUACUACCACAGUGAGUUUUUAUUUUCAUAUAACUUCAACCCACUGCUGAGUGAAUCUCUUUUCCUCCCUAAAUGCAGCUAUUUUUCUAGAUGUGAUCUUUUUUUUUUCGUUUGUUUGACCUUAGCUUGCAGUCAUGUAACCUCAUAGGCAUGAGCAUCACCUAGAGAUCUGAACCUCAUUGAUACUAUUAGAGUUGGCAUCAUAUAAAUUUGAAAGAAUAUUUUAGAUGACUCUAAAAUAUAAAAAAAAGUUCCAUAAAAUUUAUAGUUUAGAAGUAUCAACAUUCAUUUCAUGAAAAUUGGCCUCUAGGAUUCGUGUGCUUUCUUACUGUUAACUUCUAGAAUUGAAAAAAAGUUUUAGUUUUAUGUCCCUGCAGAGUUGUAGUAUUUAUUGUAAAUGUUGAAUGAAUUGUUAAAUUGUUUUAUUAUGGUAAUAUUCAUCCUUCAUAGUUUUUACAUUCCCUAUCACAAGUUAUUACCCAUGGAUAACUCCUGGAAUAUUCACAUAUGCAAACAAUUUUAUUGUAUAGAUGUAUAGAAUGUUUAAACAAAAGAAAAUAAAUAUAAUAAAUCAUUCCUAAUAUUCUUUUGUCAAAGAUUUAAUUGUAUACUAAGGACUUUGAGUAUCGUCAUGAAAAUGAAAAACAAAUGGCCAGUAUUUGUUAUAGUUGUCAGUGCAGAUCCUCAAGAAAACAAGUCUAGCAUCAAUAAGGUUCCUCAUAAGUCAUUGAAACACUAAGCUUCUAAAAUGGCAGUUCAAUUGAAAUAAUACCAGAGCUAGAACCAAAACUUUAAAAAAAAUUAAGAUAAGAUAAACAAUCUGGUUGCUUCUUCUGUGGAUAGAACAAGUUUAGUACUGUUCUGGAUAAAACAUAAGUUUAGUAGCCUACUAUACUUCUUCUGUGGAUAAAACAAGUUUAGUACCCUAGUACUAGUUUUUUAACUCUUUCUCUCUGUAAUUAUUUUUCUCGUUCUGAUAGUAUAAUUAAUUUUGCUCAUUUGUAUUUCAUUAUCCUUUUAUGAUUAAACUUCAAUAGCUUGUUAUCAGAAAAUGUUUUAUUUGGUAUUGAAUUAGAGGAGAUUGCAUACUCUUUUUAAACAACACAAAUUAAAGUUCCAAAAAACAAUUUAGUUUAAUGGGCGUCAAAUCAACAUUGGCAUCGUUAGUUAAGAGAGAAAGAGUUAAAUCUCUGCCAUGUGAGAACCAUGACAUUUUUUUAAUAUAUUAAGAAUCAAUCAUUGCUUUUUUUUUUAUAUUAAAUUUUCUUUAAGUAGAAAACAACAACUUUUUUAUGCUAAAUAUAAUCUAAUGAAUUUUUAAAGAUUCUAUUGCAGUUGUAGUAUACCUCAUUUACAUCUUUUAUUUUUAAUGUAACAACAAAAAUUUUGUUUAAAACCUGCCCCUCCGUGAUCCACUUAAUUAAUUAAUAUACUUAAUCAACUGAAUGUGCUCAUGAAUCAAGUCAUUUUGAUGUUUCUAUUUUGUACAUUCUAUAUCUCUAGUACAUGCUGUAUAUAAUGAGUGUUGUACAGUGUUUGGUCAUCUUGUAGGAAUAUUGGUCCAAAAUAUUUACACUUUAGUCAUUCAUCGCUCAUUAUAAAUACAUUCAAUCCUUUUCCCAUAUUUAAUAUCUUCAUUUUUUUGUUCUUUUCUAAUCUUAGUGUUUUUGUUUAUUGAGAUAUUUUUUAUCAUAAGUCUUAAUACAAUCUCACAGUCUUUUAUUCUUGGAAGAGUGAGAACAUUCAAUAACUUGUGCACCUCUUUUGUGACAUACAUGACAGAAAGAGUUCUGGCUCAUGAUUUACUUUUAAAACACAUGUUUCUAAAAUGUUUUUACUGUUAAUCCUACCUCUCCCUCCCCCCCCCCCCUUUCCAUCCACCAAAACUAAACAAAAGACUUCAAAGCUUGUACUAUGACUGUAAUGAUGGAACUUUUUUUUCUCAGUUUUUCCUUCAAAGAAUCAAAUAUUUGAUUUUACCGGAGCUCAUAUUUCGUUGUUAUAUUUUUGACAAUCUUCAGACAUAUGUAUGACAACCAUGAUUGACGUGUGCUAUCAAAAGAUUCGUUUUAGUUUCAACUCCUUAGGCUUUAAGGGCACUCAAAUUAAAAAGAUGUUUUCGUUUUUUUUACAAACAUUUUUUUCUUUUACAUUUUAUCAUACAAUGUUAGUGAUGUUGUUUUUUAAAAUCAGACUCUCGGUGUAAUAACCAAAUGAUUUUUUUUUUACAAUGUUAUAUUCUGUGUUAAUAAAAAAAAACUUCUGUGAUGCAUGAAUGUUUAUUUGUUGACAUUUCCAUACAAUGACAUUUAUACAUAAUCUCAUGACAUUUUCAAAAAUACUUGUUUGGCUGAACCAUUCCACAGUCAUUUAUAGUAGUCUUCACCUUCUUCCUUUAGUCUGUUGGGGGGGCACUACACCAGAUCUGUUGACAGUCUUUCUCCAUUCCUCUGUGUCUUUUGCCUUUGAUAGAAUCUCUUUAAGUGAGAGAUAUUAGUGUUAUUGGUAGACAAAGACUGUCAGGGAUAAGAAAGGAAGAAGAGAAAAACCCACACUUUGGGUUUUUGAAACCUUACAUCAAAGUGACUCUUUCUGAGGAAACAAUAUGAAGGGGGAUAUAUAUAUAUAUAUAUACAGGGCUUUUUUGUGACGGUAUGCUCCAGUACAGUGUACCGGCACCUUUUUGAUAAAAUUAUUACUUUUCUUGUAUUUUAACGUAUUGUCACAGCUUUCCUAUCAUAUAACUCUAUCUACUUAUAACUCGAUAGAAUCUACCUUAGGUCUCGAUACGUCUAGGUGUCCCUGGUUCAGCUGUAGUUAACGAAAUAAAACAAACCACUAGAUCAAACACAUAAACUUUAAUCAGCUUUUCUGCAUAUCACACACGCUGGUCUCUGUCUGACAACAAAACACACUUCCGGGCAUUCGCGCAGAAUGUAAAAAUAGAUUAUACAUACAUACACACAUUCAUCCAUGACACGUAUAUUAUUAAAUUUUUAGUAGUUAAAAGUUAGGCAAUCAGCUACUGAGUACCGGCACCUAAUCAAUGAGUCCCGGCACCUAUUUUUUUUUUACAAAAAAAGCACUGUAUAUAUAUAUAUAUAUAUAUAUACAUAAAAGAAAAUAAUGCAUGAGUUCUCUUUUUUUUUUUUUUUUGAAAAUAAAAAUGUCAGCUACGAUGAAAGAUAAUCUAGUUCUGGUCUGAUUUUUUGUCUUGUACAAAUGUAAGCCUAAUUUUGCCACAUUUCAUUUUUCAAAUAUAAUUAAACUUUGAUCAUUACCUGGCCAUGACUGAAAAAUCAAUAAAAUCAUCAUUCACUCAAUUUUCUAAAAAAAAAUAUUUUUUUUUUUAAAUGUCUAUUUUUAGAAAUGAUUGAGAACUAUUACAUGCCACAAAGGGCUUACUGUUUUCCUCACAGCUAAAAUGUAGAUAAACUAAGUUGUGUAGCUCUCCUCACAUCAAACAUUCCAAAUAUCUUCCUUCAAAAUCAGCUCAAUAUUGGAACUCACCAAAGAUUUUUCUAAUGCUAUGCCAACUUUUUUUUUUCACUCCAACCUUUUUGUUUGCUCUGAACUAUUGUACAAUCAACUGUCUUGAUGGAAAAUAUGCACAUGGACAUAAACUAAAAAAAUGACAUAUUAUAUUUGAAUGAAUUAUUUUAGCAAACAACAUGACAGUUAUGCCAAUCUAUUCUGUAUUCAUCUACGUUGUCUGAUUACCAAUGUUUUAUUUAUGACUAGAAACAAAAAAAAGUGUAAUUAGAUAAUAAUAAAUGUUGAAACUAA